AAAUAGCCAGAAGAAUAAAGGAAUAAAACCAAGUUUUGAAGGCAAGAAUAUAAUUGGCUGUGAUCUAGACUUUUGUAAUUGUUUGACUGAAGGCAGUGAGAGGCGAAACGGCGUCGUUAAUCUAAAAACAAACUACCGUCUUUGUGUUUGACAAAUAAAACGACAACGUUUGGUCCCAAGCUUUCAGUUUCAGACUCAUGAUACCCCUCCCUCUUUGUCCACUACAGGAAAGAUUGGGGCUUCAGAGAGAGAGAGAGAGAAGAGAGAGAGAGACUGAGGAAUAGAGAGAGGGACUGAUGAACGACCUCUCCAAUGGGGCUUUGCUAGAAAAACAUUGUUGCACCUGCAAGCCGAUACCGGCUUUUGUGCUCUAUAUUCUAACAACCCUUUUCCUCAUAGGCCUUUCGGUCUCUACUUUCUUACUCAUUGCGGUUCGAAACGCCACCUUUCUAGUCUCCUUUCUCUUUCUUUCUUCUCUGGUCCUAGCUUUCUUGUUCUGGAACAAGCGUAAUUGGAGAACCAAAGGCGCCAUCCUUUUCUUCCUCAGCUCUCUUCCCGAAGCUGACCUCCGUCAGGCUAAAGAGGGUCAGCUCGUUAAGAUUACUGGGUUUGCAUCAUGUGGGAGUGUCUCUCUCCGGUCUUCAUAUGAAAGGGCUCCCAGUUGUAUUUAUACAUCAACACUCUUAUACGAGUAUGGAGGCUUGAAUUUAAAUCCAAGGAAUGGAUCAUGCUUCCAAUGGGGUCUGACAUAUUGUGAGAGGUUCUCCACAGACUUUUACAUAACUGAUAAGAAGUCUGGCCUCAGAGCUGUCGUCAAAGCUGGUUCUGGCUGUAGAGUCACGCCCUUGGUUUUUGAGAGUGAACUUGUCAAAACCACGAGAAGUUGUAGGAUUCUCUCUCCCCCACUAAGGAAAUGGCUAAGAGAGAGAAACCUCUCAGAUGAAGCCCGUCUUCUGCGCCUAGAAGAAGGAUAUGUACAAGAAGGGAGCACAGUGAGUGUGGUUGGAAUAGUUCAUAGAAAUAAUGAUGUGACUAUGAUUGUUCAACCUUCAGAAGUUGUCUCUACAGGAUGUUUAUGGCAAAAGCUGCUUCUCCCAGUUGACAUUGAUGGAGUCUUGCUUAGUGUUUCACGAAUGGCUGUGGCUGGCCAUUCAAUCAGCCGAUAGCCCGGCCAAAACCUGGCCUGGACUGCUAGUGUCUGACGUAGCUAGGACUUAUAAACAGUGUAGGAGAGCUUCUGCUUUAACAUCAAGUCUUUUUACAGGGCAUUUAUUUGACUCGAUUAUUAUUAUUAUUAUUAUUAUUAUCCAUUUUUUUCUCUUCUUAUUUGUUUCAUUUCUUUGUUACCAAAAGCUGUAACAAUUUGACUAAGUUAAGGCUUGAAUAUUAUCUAUGAUUCAUUAGGAUAUUUAAUGCUUUCAACUUUCAAGUUUAAGUUGACUGUGAUUCUUGGUUA